AAAGACUAGAAUCUGUCUGUAUCCCUGGACUCUCCUGAUAGACCUCUAGAUCAGGGGAUUUUCUCUUUCAGGAGCACAAACCACAGAUAUGGAGAAAAGCCAACAGACCAGCAAACCUGGGAAUAAUAACACCAUACACAAGAUCCCACCAAAACAGCGUCUAACCGUCUGUCUGAUCAGUGCUGCAUUUUUUGGAGCACUGGGAUCAUCAUUCAUCUAUGGCUACAACUUGUCUGUGGUCAACGCUCCAGCUACAUACAUUAAGAGGUUCUAUAACCGAACCUGGUUAGAGCGCUAUGGAGAGCCAGUUGGGCCAGAGACUCUCACCCUGCUGUGGUCCUUCACUGUCUCAAUCUUUGCCAUCGGUGGCCUGCUGGGGGCGCUAACAGUCUCUUUCCUCAUCAAGGUGCUGGGCAGGAAAGGUACUCUACUGAUGAAUAAUGUGUUUGCAUUCAUUGCUGCUCUGCUGUUGGCCCUGGGAGAGAGGGCUGGCUCCUUUGAGAUGCUCAUUGUUGGCCGUUUCAUCAUUGGAUUAGACUCUGGCAUUGCCCUCAGUGUACUGCCAAUGUACCUGGGUGAGAUUGCCCCACGCCAGCUGCGUGGCUCCAUUGGACAGUUUAACUCCAUCUUCAUCUGUUUGGGAGUCUUCGCUGGACAGGUGCUGGGGCUGCCCGAAGUGUUUGGCCAUGAGAACAGGUGGAACUUCUUGUUUGCAUUCCUAGCGGUGCCUGCUCUGUUGCAGCUAUGUGUCCUGCCCUUCCUGCCUGAGAGUCCUAGAUUCCUGCUAAUGGAACGCAGAGAUGAAGCACGUGCCGAAAAAGCCUUCCAGGCAUUCCUGGGUAAGAAGGACGUUACUGAAGAGUUGGAAGAAGUUCAAGCUGAAAGUCGAGCUGAGAACACAGUCCAAAUAGCGUCAGUGCUACAGCUACUGCGGAAUCCUGCUCUCCGCUGGCAACUCAUCACUGUCAUCACCACCAUGGCCUGUUAUCAGCUCUGUGGCCUGAAUGCUAUCUGGUACUACACCAAUGGGAUCUUUGCUGAGGCAGGCUUCUCUAAAAGCACGAUUCCAUACAUUACCCUCAGCACUGGAGGUACUGAGACCUUAGCUGCCAUAGUUUCGGGCCUGGUUAUUGAGCGCAUUGGGAGGAAACCUUUGCUGAUAUUUGGCUUUGCGGCGAUGGCAGUGUGCUUUAGCUUGUUGACUGUAUUCCUUCAUUUUCAGGAUAGAUAUUCGUGGAUGCCCUAUUUGAGUUUUACCUCCAUAUUGGCAGUGAUUGCAUCCUUCUGUUCUGGUCCAGGUGGUAUUCCAUUCAUUCUGACUGGAGAGCUGUUUGAGCAGUCUUACCGACCUGCAGCUUUCAUGAUUGCAGGAACAGUUAACUGGCUGGCCAACUUCGCCGUGGGGCUGCUCUUCCCUUUCAUUCAGGAAGCACUACAGACCUAUGCCUUCUUGGUCUUUGUUGUUGUUUGUGUCAUUGCCGCCAUCUUCCUCUUCCUGGUUCUCCCUGAGACAAAGAAUAAGACGUUUAUGGAGAUCAGUCGGAGCUUUGCAAAGAUAAACAGGGUCCCUGAGCGUCCGCCUGAUAAAGAGAUGGAGGACGUGUUGCCUCCUAACUCAUCUCUCGAGACGGAUGGUAACAUUAUCGAAACAGAGAGCUGCUUCUGAACUGAAGAGACAUUGUCAGUGCCCGGGGUUCCUGCACUGGGCUGGCCGUGCCAAGAAUAUCCUCGAGCUUCUGCCAUCGUAACACCAUUCACUAAGAUCCUAUUAUUUAUUCACUGCUUGCCUUUUUUUUUAUUGCUCUCCUCGUAUCAAGGGUGCAUAUAGGAUCUUGACAUUCAAUGAAAAAGGGAGAGUUUGGGAGUUAUGAAGGAGAGAUAUAAGGCAGCAAAGACUAAUACAGAUGUGACAGAUGCAAUCAGUAUUUUCAGUGUUUUUGCUGUUGUCAGCUCUUCAUGCAAAAUCUGUAUGUUCAAUGUAAUAGUGAUGUGCAAACCUCAGAUUAAGUAAAUCAGUGGAAUUGUGCGUUUGUUUUACUUGUUCAGAAAUUAAUGAAGGUCUGGUAGAGCUUGAAUCAGAUGAUGUCUCACUGAGAUCAGCUGGUCUCAUAGUUAUUGACUAUUUCUUUAUGGUGGUAAACUAAUUUGUGUCUCAAUUUUUUUUUGUUUUUACUUUUCAGUUUUUCUGUUUUUACUAUCAAAAUGUACAACUGCUGUGACACAGUAAUUUUCCUUAAAAAUGACUGGAUUCCAAAAAAAAUUUAGGAGAG